CAAAAUAAAGCGCACUUUGCUGGCAGUUACGUUAGCGGCACUGCUCCAGUGUUUGAUUUGUUCGGAAUCCGGGGACAAACCGUCCCCUAGUGUAAGAUAUGAGCUGGUUCAAGCGCGACUGGAUGGAAUGCAGUUAAAAUUGACAGAAUUGGUUGAAAAGUUUGAUGUUUUGCUAAAAAAUCAAGUUUCGGCAAAUGAACGCCUCGAAGAACUGACAGCCAUUCCUAGACCAUCACCGUCGAAUUUCACCUUUCCAAUCGGUUGCGUCAGAAUCCGAAGUGUCCUCGCGAACAAAUAUCUGUUCGUUUCGUCCACGUUCGACUCGAAGCGGCGGAAGUUGUCGCUGUACAUAGACUACGACCGAUGGAUACUGUUCCGGGAGGCCGACUACUACCGGAUAACACGCCGGCAGAAUCAGGAAGACUUGUACGUCGCAGGGGACCAGACUUACGACGCCCAGCGGAGGCGGAUCUUCACCUGGAUUGUCGGAUUUCGCGAAGAUGAGGGCAAAUGGGAGAUCGUGGAGGCGUACCACUUCCCCGGGAUGGUCCACAUCCGGAGUAAGCACUACGGCGAGUACCUGUUUGCGGAGGAUGACAAUGUUUUCACUUGGAUUCCAAAGUGGUCCCCGGCGAAAGAUGCGAAGUACCUUUGGCAGAUUGAAGAAUGUUAAUUGGGUUAUACUGUUUGACAAAAGAUUACCCACGCAACGUGUACUUUGACAGAUUCGAAGUACACUGUAACAAAUCGACACGUUAAAAUGCCGAGUUUCACCUUUUUCUAUUUCACGAGUCAAUAAUGGCCUAUCUACAAUCACUUUACUUAGAAAAUUGUACUUAGCGUAGGAAUUUGAAUCCAUGUAAAGGAAUCUGAUCUUCCACAAUGAUAAAGUAAGCAAAUUGGUGACUUGACGUAUGGUUUGGAAAAUUUCAAAACCUACGGCAAGUUGACGUUUCUAUAU